GAGAGAGAGAGAGAGAGAGAGAUUUCGUCAGCAUCAACAAACACCAGGAGAAAAAAACACAUUGUCAAAGACCUUCACAUGUACCCUUUUGAACGUGUGUGUAUAGAGAGGUGAUAUAUCCUCUGGUUGGUCUGAUAGAAAAAUCUGAAUCUCGCCGGCUGUUAUUUGGACCGGUGAGCUUUGACAUUGAUGAAGUUAUUAGGUUUGAUGGGUUUGGAGUCAUAUAUGCAUUGAAGGAUCAUACAGUGGUAGUGAGUGUUAGGACAUGGUGGAUAGAUUUUCUAGUUUCUAGAAUGUUCCAGUGUCGGAACAGAGGUCGGAGAAACUGGUAGUAGAAGUGGACGAACCCCACCUGGGCAGCCUCUGCAUUCGAUCCCUAAUGUCCCGUUGCUACCCAUUUCCACCACCGGGAUAUGAGAAGAAGAUCGUGAUUGAUCAUGUAGACGUGCUUUCAAAGGAGAAGCACACGGAGAAGAAGCAUAAAAAAGGUAAGGAUAGAGAAAAGAAAGAUGGAAAGGUUAAGAAGGACAAAGAUAGAAGUAAAGAAAAAGGCAAAGAAAGGAAAGAUCGUAGAGAAAAACACCAUGGCAAGAAGGAUCGGAAGGAAAAGGGCAAAGACAUAGUGAAAAAUCGUGUAACUUCAAACGAUAAGAAAAAGCCCGAAGUUCACCUGAAUUCUGUCAAUGGAGCUACAGCUAAUUCAAACGGGCUGCAGACCGAGAACCAUAACUCUGAGAACCCUAAUGUUGCUAAGGAAGUGGUUAGAAGAAUCAGAGCUGAAGGACAAGCAAAUGGAGAUCAGAUUGCACACAAGAAUACAGCAGCUGAUGAAGGAACGUUUAAUGGUGUGAUCAACUCUUGUAAUUUAUCGGGGUUGCCGAAAAGAAUGGUGGAGAAAGAGAACAGGGCAUUGGGAGGUUCGGUUCUUCAGAAAGUUAUGUUCGUGGAUCAGGCAGAGGCUCAGGUUCACAUUAAAACAAACGGUAGAAAUGGUUGCAUUUCCCCAAGACCGAACCAAAUAGGAAACAGUAGACAAGUUGAUGAUAGUAUGGUUCAUGGUACAGUGGAUCUUAGCCAUUUACAGGAUUUGACGGAUAUAAUGGUGGAGAAAGCGAAAAAUGGAUUGGGAGGCCAAAAUUUUCAGAAAAUCGGACUCGUGAAUCAUGCAAAGGUUAGAGUGCACACGAGAAUCGAUGAUGGGAAUGUUUGCUUUGUGCCAGAUCCAAAUGGAAAAGGAAAGGAUAUACAGGUUGAUGGUAGAGUGGUCAAUGGUGCCACGGAUUCCAGUCAUUUACAGGUUUUGCCAAAAAGAAAUUGGGCAGAAGAUAAAAAUGGAUCAAGAGGCCAAAUUGUUCAGAAAUCCGGGCUUGUGGAUCAGGUGAAGGUUCAAAUACACACAAGAACUGAUGAUGGAAAUGUUUGCAUUGUCUCAGAAUCCAAUGGAAAGGAAAAGGGUACACAAGUUAAUGGUAGAGCGGUAAAUGAUAAGAUGGAUUCCAGUCAUUUACGGGUUUCGGUGCAAAGAAAGGAGAAAAAUGGAUUUGGAGGGCAAAUCAUUCAGAAAAUCAGACUUGUGGAUCAGGAAAAGUUUCAAAUAAACUCGAGAACUGAUGAUGGAAAUGAUUGCUUUCACCCGAAACCUAAUGGAAAGGAAAAGAUUACGCAUGUUGCUGUUAAUGGUGGUGAGUACAUUGAGGAGGCAAUGAAUGCCAAGAAUGUAGUUGCUAAACCAUCAGAGGCCACGAAUGUCAGAAUAGAUUCAGAGGGAACUGGCAAAAGUAAAUAUACCCCGGAAAGCAAUUAUAAGCUGGACAGACACGAGAGUAAAGAUCGGGCUAGCAAAAGCGAGCUGAAGGAUGAAGCCGGAGAUAAAGAAAAGAUAAGGGAAGAGAAAUCGAAGGAGAAGGGUGAGCUCAGCAACGGGCAGUCCAAAGGUAUCAUCACUGGCCAGAUGCUAGCCGGUGAUGGAGAUCUUGGCAAACGAAAGGAGCUUGAGAUAAACGGUUUUCUGCAUGACAGCGGAAGUAGACCCCAUAAGUUGCGGAGGCCGGUUUCUUCCUCUCCAACAGAGAAGCACGAGACAGAUUCUGAUGUGGUGGGGUUAAAGAACGGUUUAAUCAGCUCGAAAAGCCCUUUGCCUGCAGCCAUGGAAGCUUCAACGAGACCCCCUCAUGAAGAUUCCGUGAUUCUGGAUCGUAUACUUUCCAUACCCGAAAUGGACAGAACACCGGGUUUAGAUGAUCAAGAAUGGCUGUUCUGUAACCGAGAAUCCGUCAAGAUUCUUCAUCACGAGCUGAAUUCCUCCGAGAGACAAAUGGUGUGGAGCCAUGGCACAAGGAUCGAAUCUGUAGGUAUGUUUGCCCUUCCUUACGUCGUCCCACACUAGAGAGCUUUUGCCUUUUGGUCCGUGUCUCGCCCUCUGGAAGAACCAAGAAAAGCUUCAAUGGCAACUGAAACAUAGAGACAAGACUUCAUGGAAGAUGAUUAUACAUGGGCAUACAUAGGAAUCGAGAGUUAUAGAGAUUUUUUCCCAGACAGUUCUGAUUUUGGAUGUCGUUGUCACAUCAGAAAGAUGAAAUGAAGAGGGAAGAAGAGAACUGUAAAUUUGUGGUGUUGAAUGAUCUGGAUUCUAACUUUGUGUUAGAAAAGAUUCCAUUUCCUAGAUUCGGACAUAUCUUUAAACUGUCAUGUCUUCAUAGAUUCAAGAAUUCUGUCAAAGGAAAUUAUAUUUUGUAUAUUUAAAGAUUUUGAUGA